AUGGAAUCUCCAGUCUGGUUCAUCACUGGCGCCUCUUCAGGUUUUGGCUUCGAAAUCGCCAAGGAGGCCCUCGCUCGCGGCCACAAGGUCAUCGCGACCGCGCGAAACCCGUCCAAGAUUUCUGCUCUCGCCUCCUCGGGUGUUGACCUGCUCCCCUUGGACGUCACCGCCGACGAGGCUUCUGUCACCGACACUGUCAACAAGGCCUUCGCACUCCACGGUAAAGUCACCCACGUCAUCAACUCUGCCGGCUACGUCCUCGACGGCACGGUCGAGGAGGCCGAUGCCAAAGAAGCCUUCGAUCAAUUCAACACCAACGUUCUCGGCACUCUGAAAGUCUGCCGUGCCGCUGCUCCUCACUUGCGAGCUCAGGGCUUCGGCGUCGUUGUCAACAUUGGCAGUCUUGGCACCUGGGAGAGCUGCGCUGCUGCCGGGCUGUACUGCGCAACGAAGGCGGCCGUGAGCAACCUGACGGAAGCCUUCCGCGAUGAACUCAGCCCAUUCGGUGUUGACGUCUGCGCGCUCGAACCAGGCUACUUUCGCACCGGAUUCCUCAACCCUGGCGCUCGCAUCAAGGCCAAGGUAGACUUGGAUGCGUACCAAACUGGCCCCGCUGGCAACUACAAGAAGUUGCUCAACGAUGCAGACAACCAUCAGCCUGGUGAUCCAGUCAAGGGAGCCCAUGUCGUUGUGGACGUUUUCACCAAGUCUGGUGUUGCUGGGGGUAGAGAGAUCCCCAUCAGACUGGUUCUUGGUACAGACUGCCUGGCUGCGGUGCGGAAGAAGUGCCAGGAGACGCUUGCGUUGAUGGAUGAGUGGGAGUCGAUCACGACCACGACUGACUUUUAG